CUGGAAGUUGACACAUUCAGAUCUUCACUUGUGACUAGUAACCAUAGAAGUGUGGAUUCAGGUCUCAGAUACUAACAUAAUGCUUAAGGAAGUGCUCUUGGGUCUCCUCAUAGCAGCUGUGGCGCUCACUGUAGGAAUCCUGCUUGGUCAUUUUGGCAUUAAGAAGGGCAGUUCGGUACCAGAGUGGGUCCAGGAUGCAUCCAAGGAUGUGGAUGAAAGGAUUAUUGCGGAAUUCCUUGAGAAACUGGACAACAUUCAAAUACAAGAAAAUCUUAGGGAACUGACCAAGGUUCCUCAUAUGGCCACAACCCCUGGAGAUGAGGCAACAGUGAAUUUGAUGUUAAAAAGAUGGCAGGACCCAAAGACAGGCUUGGACAGCGCAUGGAGGGAGGACUACGAUGUGUAUCUAUCAUUCCCAAACAAAACUAACCCCAAUAAAGUAUCUGUUGUUAAAUCAAAUGACGCAGUACUGUUCACGUUAAGAGAGAGAGAGAAAGCAUACUACCCAGAGCAGGACGAUCCAGAGGUGGUGCAGCCUUAUGCAGCUUAUUCUCCAGCAGGACACGCCAAGGGAAAACUGGUGUAUGCAAACCAAGGUAAAUUGAGUGACUAUGAGCUGUUAAACGCAACACUGAAUCUGAAAGGAACCAUCGCCAUCACCAGAUACGGAGGAGAGGGAAGAUCUGGAAAAGCUAUCAAUGCAGCAAAGUUUGGAGUUGUCGGGGUGCUGGUCUAUACAGAUCCAAAUGACAUUAAUGAUGGAAAGUCAGAUGAAAGUGAAACGUACCCUCACUCCUGGUACCUCCCACCCUCUGGUGUAGAGCGAGGCUCAUACAACCUUGACUUUGGAGACCUGUUGACACCCUACCUAGCAGCAAAGAAGGACACCUACAGAAUUCCAAAGGAGCAAAUAACGGGCAUCCCACCAAUUCCAACACAGCCGAUAGGGUUUGAGGAUGCCUAUGUAUUAAUUUGUGAACUUGAUGGGAACAAUGCCCCAGAUGCAUGGCAAGGAGGUUUCAAUUGCACAUACAAGUUUGGUGGACCAGGCUUUAAACCCACAUCUCAAUUCAAUGACAGCGAUGUACAGUUGGACAUUUAUAACAGAGAGGAGAUAAAACCUUCAGCAAAUGUUAUGGGAAUAAUUCGAGGCAGUGUGGAGCCAGACAGGUAUGUGAUAUAUGGGAAUCACAGGGACAGCUGGGUGCAUGGAGCCAUUGACCCCAGCAGUGGGACAGCAGUGAUGUUAGAGAUCACCAGAGUGCUGGGGACAAUGGUAAAGGAAGGCAAAUGGAGACCUCGACGGUCCAUCAUCUUUGGCAGCUGGGGAGCUGAGGAAUUUGGCCUUAUUGGAUCUGCAGAAUACACAGAGGAGUACUUCAGUAAGCUGAUUGAACGUACUGUGGCCUACAUCAAUGUGGACAUCUCAGUGUUCGCUAAUGCCACCCUGAGGGCAUCUGGAUCCCCUUCAACACAGAAUGUGAUUUUUACAGCAUCCAAACAGGUAAAGGCACCUGGCACCACUGCAUCAGUCUAUGACAACUGGAUAAAAUAUUUCAACAGGACCAGCCCAAAUUAUGGGUUAAUACCAAAUGUGGGGUUCUUGACAGGAGCAGGAAGUGAUUAUGCUCCUUUUAUGCACUACCUAGGAAUAACAUCUAUGGACUUUUCUUAUACCUAUGACCGGAGCAAGACAAGAGCUCGCAUCUAUCCCGCCUACCAUACUGCUUAUGAUACAUUUGACUAUUCAUCUAAAUACAUUGAUCCAGGUUUCACAAGUCACCAGGCGGUAGGCAGGACGGCAGGGAACGUGCUGGUGCGACUGGCUGACAGUCUUCUGUUGCCUUUGAACUGUGUUGACUAUGCUGAAAGUCUGGAGCAGUAUCUAGAUGAGGCUGUUAAAACCUUUGAGACCAAACUUACAAAUAAAGGGAUCUCUAUGGAACCCUUGAAGAACGCUGUGCAAUUAUUCCGCAAAGCAGCCACAAAACUUGACACUGUGAUCAGGGAUGCAGAUCUCGCAAAUGAAACGCCCCUGAAGGCACGCAGAAUUAAUGAUCAGCUCAUGCUGUUGGACAGGGCUUUCCUCGACCCAUUAGCGUUCCCAGAAAAGUACGCUUUCAGGCACGUCAUAUGGACCUCGAGGUCAUCGAGUGUGCCCACCUUCCCCGGACUAGCAGAUGCGGUGGAGAAAGCUGAGAAAAGCGGAAUGAAAGACGAUUGGGAUCUGGCUCAUAAACACUUAUCCAUCGUCACACAGGCCAUCGCGGGAGCCGCACACACGCUGGACGAUGUCAUUUAAAACAAGCUGAGAUUUAGUUAUUAUUAGUCUUAUUUUGAAAUCCACAAAAUACACGGAGGGAAUUAUGGAGCACACUAGAAAACUAUGUUAUUGUAUGACUACCAUUACCAGUGCUUUUUUGAUCAAGCAUUUGAAACUGAUAAUUAAACAAGUGAUCCAGGUAAACUGAAUUCAGAUGCAAAAUCCUCUAAGUGUGUCUGACAUGUUUAGUUUUUUUUGUAAAUGAGCAUUUUUUUAUUAGGCUCUUACAUUGAAAAGGUUACAUGUCAAAAAUUUUACAAAUAUCAUUUUAACAGUGGCGACCGGUGACUUCUUUUUUCGAGGGCGCUCGAUGCGAGGUUUGUCACAACAUGUAUGUAUCCCGUCAUGUGUGUGGUUUGUCAUUUUAAAAUAUGUGCACUGCGCGUCGAAAGAUCCUGUGUGCAUCACGUGUCUUGUCAAAAUAAGUGCCUGCUGCAGAUGCGUCUAAAGGGUUUAUGAUAAAAGAGACACUCGCAUUUGCCAGAUACUCGCAUAAUCUCAUGCAUAAUCAGAGUCUUGCGUGUAUUUUGUGAACGUGAGCGUCUCUUUUAUCAUAAACGGUUUUGACGCGUAUGCAGCAGGCACUUAUUUUGACAAAACACGUGAUGCACAUGGUUCACAUGACGAUACAAACACAUAUUUUGAAAACACGAGCAACCCACAUGACACUCCAAACACUUAUUUUGAAUUUGCGCCCCUCGGAUGAGCAGUCACAAGCCGCCACUGGUAUUGGUAUACAAAUUUGCCACACACUGCCGAAGAGAAUACAUUUAGCAGACAAAACACUGUUUUCAGGCAUGAUUUAU